UCUGCAGCCACCAUCCCACCGCACCUAUCGGACGCCUAUCGGCAAAAGUCCCUUAUAAGGCCACGCUGUCCCGUUUCCAUGGCGACAUUCAACGUCCGCACUCUAAGACAAACAGGUCAGCAGGCUGCACUCGCACGCACCUUGGACACACUGGGUGUUGAUGUGUGUUGUGUGUCCGAAACUAGGAUUAAUGACCCUAACGGGGUUAUUGAAUUGACUGCACCCGGCUUAUCCUCUCGUUAUUGGUUGCACGCAUCCGGAGACGCCGAUGCGGCACUCACGGGUCAAGCUGGUGUAGGUAUCAUUCUCAGCUCCAAGGCUGAGUCAUCAUUGGUUGAUUGGAUUCCGGUGAACAGCCGUUUAUGUGCAGCCCGUUUGACGACAUCAGCUAAGGUGAAUUCGCGAAGUAGUACAAAACGCUGUUUGUUUGUGAUUUCCGCUUAUGCUCCCACGGACUGCAGUUCUAAUGCAGUCAAGGACACUUUCUAUCACGAACUGAACACGCUGCUACGCAGUGCUACUAGUUCAGAUAUUAUAGUACUUGCAGGGGAUAUGAACGCACAAAUAGGGCGUCUGAGCUCUUCAGAAGCUCAGCUGGGUGGUAAUUAUGGACUUAACUCCGAACGGACUGACAACGGUGAGCGUCUGCUGCAACUGUGUGCAGAGCACCAGUUGUUUCUUACUAGCACUGCUUUUAGACACAGUGGGCGCCGAAGUGCCACUUGGCGUCCUCCUGUAGCUGGCCAGCGAUGGACCCAAAUUGACCACAUAGCCAUAAGUUACAGGUGGCGCGGUUCCAUUCUGGAUUGCCGCUCGUACUGGAGUACCUGUGUCGACUCUGAUCAUGCCUUGGUGCGCUGUCGUUUCUCCAUGAACUUUACCGGAAGGCGCACCAAGCGUCUCCCCCGAUUGGCAACGGAGAAAUUGUCCCAGCCCUCGGUCAGGCGAGCCUAUCAAGAAGCAUUGCAUACCGAACUCUCGCUGUCUUGUCCUAAUGACACUGAACUUCAGUGGAAUAGGGUCUCGGUCGCCAUGCACGACGCAGGAGCAUUUGCUUGUGGCACUAUCAGUCGUCACCGCACCAGUCACUGGAUAUCCGAGAGGUCCGUGAACCUGUUGGAAGCUAGAAGACACCUCCCGGCUGGUUCUGAACACAAUGUGACCAGACGGGCUAUUAGGCGUGAACUAAAGCGGAGCCUAAGUGCUGACAAGGAAGCCUGGUGGACCAGUAGGGCUCAAGAAAUGGAGGAGGCAGGAGCAGUAGGCAAUUACCGCAAGCUCUUCCAGCUGAUCCGCACCACUGGUCCCAGAAAACCGGGCGUCAGUGAUGCAGGACGAGCCAUGGAGUUUGAGCCUCCGUCGGAGGCCGAGGUCCGAAACGCGAUCACAGCCCUCAAUCGUUUUCGUGCCGCUGGCCCGGAUUCCCUACCACCUGCACUAUUUAAGGAUGGAGAACGGGAAUCCCGGAUUAGGGAAGAGCAGGCCGGUUUUCGCCCAGGACGUGGCUGUAUAGACCAUAUAUUUACUUUGCGGCAAGUGCUAGAGCAGCGCCACGCAUACCGCAGACCGACAAUAGCUGUGUUCCUCGAUUUCAAGAGUGCGUUCGAUUCAGUCGAUCGAUCGAUUCUGUUCGAAAUACUUGCGCGGAAAGGUGUUCCCACGAAAUAUGUGAACAUCCUUCGUGCUCUAUACUCGAACACUACAGGUCGCGUCAGGGUCUAUGGUGCCCUAUCGGAUAGCUUUUCGACUACAAGUGGCGUUCGUCAGGGUUGUCCGAUUUCCCCGUUUUUGUUCAAUUUCGUCGUAGAUUCUAUCAUGGAGUGUUCCCUUGCGGAAUCUCACAAUGUAGGCGUUGAAGUGCUGCCUGGUGAAAGGUCCUCAUGGUUGUAUGGCAGCGAAGCAUCAGUUCAAAUGGCUGAUGUACUGCUGUUGAUGAUGAUGACCGCUUUCACCCAGGCUUCUCUGGCAACCAGCAGGUUAGAGAUGCAGGAGCGAGCUAUGCGGAAUGCGUGCUGA